CCCCCCCAGCUCGCCGCCAGGUUGUCGUCAUUCCUCUCCCGCAACUUGAGCCCACUGUAAAGGGUUUCCCCAUUCAAACGACAACUGCGGAAGAGAAAAAGAGGCAUCAUGCUGCUCAGGUCCCGCGGUGUCGUCGCAGGGCUCGCCGCCGCCGCCGCCUUCGUGACCGGUGUUGUUGGCUGCGGCCAGCAUCAAGACUCGUGCUACGGCCCUACGAACAAGGUUGAGCAUGUCCGCCACGUGAAGCGCAUGCAGCCCGGUGCGCCCGGAGCCGCAUACGGACCCAAGGGACCCUUGGAAUGGGGGCAGGUCAACUUUCUCCAUACGGUAUGUCAUUGCCAUCCAUGGCUGCCUGUGUUUCUUGUUAUUUUAUUAGAAUUUGGUGAUGUACUGUUCGGGGGGACAGACAUUCUUUCAAGUGUUCGUCGAUAUACAACUGUGCUAAACACGUCCUCCUCCAUCCGCAGACGGACACCCACGGCUGGCUCGAAGGCCACCUCAAGGAGCAAAACUACGGCGCCGACUGGGGCGACUUUGUGAGCUUUAGCCGCCGCAUGAAGCACACGGCCAGGAGCAUGGGCGUCGAUCUCCUCCUCGUCGACACGGGCGACCUCCACGACGGCAACGGCGUUUCCGACGCCACGACGCCCGACGGCACCAAGUCCAUGCCCAUCUUUAGCGAGAUUGACUACGAUCUCCUGACCAUUGGGAACCACGAGCUCUACGUGACCGAGGUGGCCUACCAAAUGUUCAACGAGUAUGCCCGCAAGUGGGGAGACAGAUAUGUCACGUCCAAUGUCAAGGUGCUGAACCAGACGACGGGCCAGUACGAGUACGUGGGAGCCACCCACCGCUACUUUACGACGGCAAAGGGGCUUCGCAUCAUGGCCUUUGGCGUCCUCUUUGACUUUACCGGCAACUCAAACGCCUCCCAGGUCCUCAAGGCAAAGGACAUGGUCAAGGAGAGCUGGUUCGCCGACGCCCUCGCCAGCAAGCAGCCCGUCGACAUGUUCGUCCUCUUCGGCCACAACCCCGUCCGCCAGACCGACCGCGCCAGCACCUUCCAGACCGUCGUCGACGCCAUCCGCCGCGCGCACGCCAAGACGCCCGUCCAGAUCUUUGGCGGCCACAGCCACAUCCGCGACUUCUCCGUCUACGACGACGCCUCCGUCGCCAUCGAGUCGGGCCGCUACUGCGAGACGCUCGGCUGGGUGUCCGUGUCGGGCUUCGACGCGUCCAACAGCGGCUUCAGGGGGGUCGUCCCGAACCCGCGCGGCGUCAGGAACCCCUCGCGCCCGGCCAGGCCCGGCUCCAGGUCCCCGUUUGUGUACUCGCGCCGCUACCUGGACUGGAACCGCAAGACGUUCAUCUACCACUCGCGCGUUGGCGGUGGCGAGGGCGAGUUUGACUACCACUCGGGCGAGCGCGUCACGGGCGACAUCGGCAAGGUGCGCGACGAGCUGAGGCUCGGCGACGUCUACGGAUGCGCCCCGCAGGACUGGUGCAUCAGCUGCGCGCCCUUCACGGACAAGAAGAAGAACAUCUUCCCCGGCGUCAUUUUCCCGGCCGUCUCUGCGGUUGUCCUCAACAAGACCCGCGCUGACAGGUCGCGCAUGAUCCUGGGCAACACGGGGGCCAUUCGCUUCGACCUGCACAAGGGCCCUUUUACGUAUGACGACAACUUCAUCGUGGCGCCCUUCCGCGACGUGUUCCUCUACAUUCCCGACGUGCCGUUUGACAAGGCUUCAAAGGUCAUCGACCAGCUCAACAAGGGCCCCGUGAGCAAGCGACGAGACCUCGUCUCGAUGCCUGUUCCGGAGGAUGAGUGCACGAAUCCGACGCUGGGCUACAUGAGCCGCCGCGACAUCCGUGAGGAACGCGGAGUUGUUCGCCGCCAAGAGGCCGUCGUGCCUGGCUAUGUGACCAAGGACGACUGGGGCACCGAUGGCGAUGAUACGGAGCACUCUGAGAUUCCCAACUACACCAUUCCUCCCUACUGGGAGGCCCGCGCGUCGUUUCCCAAGGAUGGGAGCAACCCCGACAAGGUUGACCUCAUCUUCUUUGACUUUAUCAAGACAAAGGUUCUCAACGACCUGGGUGCUGGGUACACGGAUGACAUGGUCCAGUGCUAUGUCAAUUGCAGCUUCUCGUCUCAAGAUUUUAUGCUGCCAUAUGCAAAGCUAGCAUGGCAGGAGAACAAGGAUAAUUGCCCGGUCGUCUAGACGCUUCACAAUCAGACUGGGAUGACGUACAAAGUAGACUGCAUUGUACAAAUCUGUUGGACGCUGCGAUGGUGUGUACAGCGAGGCGUUGGUGGUGUGCAGACUGAAAGGUGUCGAGCGAGGGUUUGGAGUGCUGAGACGGGCGGCGUAGAAAAAGCAUCAAGCGUGACACUCUGAUUAUGAAUUGCGCCAGAGGGGUAUAUUAGCAGCGGCAAAGAAGGCGAGUCUAGUAGUACACAUGCCCCUUCAUCAGGACCCUCGCCGUCCGCAGCAGCUUUGCCGAUUCUAUCCUGCC